GGCGGUGAGUGAAACGUUCAACGAUUUUUUUAAAUUCCAUUUCAAAAAGCAUCGUACCGUGUAAACGCUCCAUAACCCGCGCACAUGUCAACAAAACGUCAAAAGGGACAGCUAGCUAUCAGGUAUAAAUAAAAAAGCGACAAAAGUACAGAAAGUAAAAGAGAUUAAUUUGAGUCUGCAUUCUCGUAUCAUUUUUGGGCCGUAUCAACUAAACCAAUUAGAACAGUAGACCUGUGUUGUUCCUGUGCGACCUCGUAUAAAAUAUCACAUUCGCAGCUGGAAUAUGUUGCGUUCGUUGGUGCGGUCACAUUUUGCGCUCCUGGCAGCGGUGCUAUUGGCCGGUCUGGCCAUGAGCAUGGUUGAGGGCGAGAAAGAAAUACCACUUACCAAGUUCAGCCAAGAUGUUGGCGGGUACGGCGCAACGAUGACGUUCCUGUACUGUUAUUCCUGCGGGUAUCGUAAGGCAUUUGAUGAUUAUUAUAACAUAAUUCGGGAGAAGUACCCGGAAAUUACGAUCCGGGGCGGUAACUAUGACCCGUCCGGGUUUAAUAUGCUGCUGUCGAAGGUCCUGCUAGUCACGAAGCUGCUGCUGAUCGCAGCGCUGAUGUCGAACUACGAUAUCGGACGCUACAUUGGCAAUCCAUUUGCCGGCUGGUGGCAAUGGUGCUUCAACAAUAAACUGUACGCAUCGAUGAUGAUAUUCUUCCUCGGCAAUACGCUGGAAGCUCAGCUCAUAUCAUCCGGUGCAUUCGAGAUUACGCUGAACGAUGUACCGGUGUGGUCAAAGUUAGAAACGGGUCGGUUUCCUGCGCCACAAGAAAUGUUCCAAAUCAUCGAUAAUCACCUACAGUUUGCCAACAAGAUUGAACCAAAUCCAGAUUUUGUUAAAUAAGCCACAAAAGUGGCAUUUUUCUAUUGCGUAGUAUGGAGUGUUUUAAAUUUUGAUAUAUACUCUGUAUUAGUUACCUUUUCGUUUACGUUUCUGUUUACAGUAUCGGGAAAAGUUGUUUGUUUUUUUAUUAUUAUUGGAGAAUCAGUUUGUUUGUUCGUGUAUUUCCUUAAUGUCUACUUUUUCAAUAGUGACCCAGUUAUGUUUUGGUAUGUUUCUUUUUCGUAUCAUUUAUUUUUUCUUCAUUUGCAUUACUUAAGAAAAUACUCAAACAUGUUUCCUCUUACGAAUUGAGCAAGACAACUAAAAAUAUUCAACAUGUUUUACCCCGUAAUGUGAACACAAUAAGGUGGCAAACACACUGUCUGCUAGGCUAGUUGUAAGGCAAUCUAUUCGGUGGGUAGUGCGGUGAACAGGUGUGUUUUCGUAUUUGUGGCAGAAUUGAAUAAAAUAAUUUACCAAAAAAGCCCUAACACACGUA